GCUGCAUGGCGCUGAGAUGGCGGGGGCGCCGCGCGGCCAAGGCGGCGGCGGAGGCGCGGGCGAGCCCGGGGGCGCAGAGCGGGCGGCCGGGCCGGGCGGCCGGCGUGGGUUCCGGGCGUGUGGCGAGGAGUUCGCGUGCCCCGAGCUGGAGGCGCUGUUCCGCGGCUACACGUUGCGGCUGGAGCAGGCGGCCACGUUGAAAGCGCUGGCUGUGCUCAGCCUACUGGCGGGCGCCCUGGCGCUGGCUGAGCUGCUGGGCGCACCGGGGCCAGCGCCCGGCCUCGCCAAGGGGUCGCACCCAGUGCACUGCAUCCUUUUCCUGGCGCUGUUCGUGGUCACCAAUGUCCGAUCCCUGCAGGUGUCCCAGCUGCAGCAGGUCGGUCAGCUGGCGCUGUUCUUCAGCCUCACCUUCGCGCUACUCUGCUGCCCCUUCGCGCUGGGCGGCCCCGCGAGGAGCUCUGCAGGAGGCGCAAUGGGCUCGACGGUCGCCGAGCAGGGGGUUUGGCAACUCCUUUUGGUCACCUUCGUGUCCUAUGCCUUGCUGCCCGUGCGCAGCCUACUGGCCAUCGGCUUCGGGCUGGUGGUGGCUGCCUCGCACUUACUGGUCACAGCCGCCUUGGUCCCUGCCAAGCGCCCACGUCUCUGGAGGACGCUCGGUGCCAAUGCCCUGCUCUUCUUUGGUGUGAACAUGUAUGGCGUCUUCGUGCGGAUCUUGACAGAGCGCUCCCAGAGGAAGGCCUUCCUGCAGGCUCGAAACUGCAUUGAGGACCGGCUGCGGCUGGAGGAUGAGAAUGAGAAGCAGGAACGGUUGCUCAUGAGCCUCUUGCCCCGGAAUGUCGCCAUGGAGAUGAAGGAAGACUUCCUGAAGCCCCCUGAGAGGAUUUUUCACAAGAUUUACAUCCAGAGGCAUGACAAUGUGAGCAUCCUGUUUGCAGACAUCGUGGGUUUCACAGGUCUGGCGUCCCAGUGCACAGCCCAGGAGCUGGUGAAACUGCUCAAUGAACUCUUUGGCAAGUUCGAUGAGUUAGCCACGGAAAACCACUGUCGCCGAAUCAAGAUCCUUGGUGACUGCUACUACUGUGUGUCUGGCCUCACCCAGCCUAAGACGGAUCACGCCCACUGCUGUGUGGAGAUGGGACUUGACAUGAUCGAUACCAUCACAUCCGUGGCUGAAGCUACUGAAGUAGACCUGAACAUGCGUGUGGGCCUACACACCGGCAGGGUCCUCUGUGGUGUCCUGGGCCUACGAAAGUGGCAGUAUGAUGUAUGGUCCAAUGACGUGACCCUGGCCAAUGUCAUGGAGGCUGCUGGCUUACCAGGGAAGGUCCACAUCACAAAGACGACCCUCGCAUGCUUGAACGGGGACUACGAGGUGGAGCCAGGUCAUGGCCAUGAGAGGAACACCUUUCUGAGAACUCACAAGAUUGAGACCUUCUUUAUUGUGCCAUCCCAUCGGAGGAAGAUAUUCCCAGGCUUGAUUCUCUCGGAUAUCAAACCAGCCAAGAGGAUGAAGUUCAAGACUGUGUGCUAUCUGCUGGUGCAGCUCAUGCACUGCCGGAAAAUGUUCAAGGCUGAGAUCCCCUUCUCCAACGUGAUGACCUGCGAGGAUGACGACAAGCGGAGGGCAUUGAGAACAGCCUCGGAGAAGCUCAGAAACCGUUCGUCUUUCUCUACUAAUGUGGUCUACACCACUCCGGGUACACGCGUCAACAGGUACAUCAGCCGCCUUCUCGAAGCCCGCCAGACAGAGCUGGAGAUGGCUGAUCUGAACUUCUUUACUCUGAAGUACAAACAUGUCGAACGAGAACAAAAAUACCACCAGCUUCAGGACGAGUACUUCACCAGCGCCGUUGUCCUCGCCCUCAUCCUGGCUGCCUUAUUUGGGCUUAUCUACCUUCUGGUAAUCCCACAGAGUGUGGCUGUCCUGCUGCUGCUGGUAUUUUCCAUCUGCUUCUUGGUGGCCUGUACCCUGUACCUGCACAUCACGCGGGUCCAGUGUUUUCCAGGGUGCCUGACGAUCCAGAUCCGCACCGCCUUGUGUGUGUUCAUAGUGGUCUUAAUCUACUCAGUAGCUCAAGGCUGUGUGGUGGGCUGCCUGCCCUGGGCCUGGAGCUCUCAGUCUAACAGUUCCCUAGUGGUCCUCGCAGCUGGUGGCCGGCGCACUGUGCUGCCUGCCCUGCCCUGUGAGUCUGCACACCAUGCCCUGCUCUGCUGCCUGGUGGGCACCCUCCCACUAGCCAUAUUCCUGCGGGUGUCCUCCUUGCCAAAGAUGAUCCUGCUGUCUGGGCUGACUACUUCCUACAUCCUUGUCCUAGAGCUCAGUGGAUACACCAAGGUUGGGGGCGGUGCCCUCUCUGGGCGCAGCUAUGAGCCAAUCAUGGCUAUCCUGCUGUUCUCAUGCACGCUGGCCCUGCACGCUAGGCAAGUGGAUGUCAGACUACGGCUGGACUACCUCUGGGCGGCACAGGCGGAGGAGGAACGGGAUGACAUGGAGAGAGUCAAGCUGGACAACAAGAGGAUCCUCUUCAAUCUCCUGCCAGCUCACGUCGCACAGCACUUCCUCAUGUCCAAUCCCCGGAACAUGGACCUCUACUACCAGUCCUACUCCCAGGUGGGCGUCAUGUUUGCCUCCAUCCCCAACUUCAAUGACUUCUACAUAGAACUGGAUGGCAACAACAUGGGUGUUGAGUGUCUGCGGCUCCUCAACGAGAUCAUUGCCGACUUUGAUGAGCUCAUGGACAAGGACUUCUACAAGGACCUGGAGAAGAUCAAGACCAUUGGGAGUACUUACAUGGCUGCCGUGGGGCUGGCGCCCACAGCAGGAACCAGGGCUAAGAAGUCCAUCUCGUCCCACCUGUGCACACUGGCAGACUUCGCCAUUGACAUGUUUGAUGUUCUGGAUGAAAUCAACUACCAGUCCUACAACGACUUUGUUCUCCGAGUUGGCAUCAACGUUGGCCCCGUGGUUGCUGGAGUGAUCGGUGCUCGCAGGCCCCAGUACGACAUCUGGGGAAACACAGUCAAUGUGGCCAGUCGGAUGGAUAGCACUGGGGUCCAGGGACGAAUUCAGGUGACUGAGGAAGUCCACCGGCUGCUGAAGAGGUGCUCAUACCAGUUCGUAUGCAGAGGCAAAGUCAGCGUGAAGGGCAAGGGAGAGAUGCUAACGUACUUUCUAGAAGGCAGGACUGAUGGAAACAGUUCCCACGGCAGGACCUUUCGCUUGGAACGAAGGAUGUGUCCUUACGGGAGAGGUGGAGGCCAGGCCAGACGGCCCCCACUGUGUCCGGCGGCUGGACCCCCAGUCAGACCAGGGCUCCCUCCAGCCCCCACUAGCCAGUACCUGUCAUCCACAGCAGCAGGGAAGGAAGCCUAGUGGAGCCCAUGGGCCACUGGAGAUGCAUGCAAGGCAAGAAUGCUCCAGGGUGUCACAAGCCACCAUGGCUCUAGCCAGGACCAGCCAGAGGAGCCAAGUGGCUGGGCUGGAGGAGAAGUAUUGUCUGAGUGUGGCCUGAGGCCAAUGGGAAAUGUGCCCAAGCCACCCUUUGGGGCACACUGAGCUCUGUCUCUUCCUAAUGACCUGGUUAUGCCUGGCUAGUGUUGCCAUAGGUGGUGGGUCCUUGGGAGUAUCUUCCAUGGUCACAGCAAAAGCUAUGGAGGUCAAGCUGGCAGAGGAGCCCACCAUGACUGAGCCCCAAGUCAACUGGCUUAUGGGUGGCUCCAGCCCUGGUAAGCCCUGGCUUAUGGGUGGCUCUAGCCCUGGUAGGUCCUGGCUUAUGGGUGACUCCAAGCCUGGGUAGCAGCUUCAAGUAUGAGUGCCAGACUGGGAAGUUGGCCCCGCUGGGCAGGGCCAUGACAGUUGAGCUGUUCAUACCAUGGGCACAGCAAAGAGCUGGUCAGGUCUUGGUCAGGGCAGUAUGGGAAGAAUUGAAAAGACACCUCUUACUGCAUGAAGAGCGGGGUUGCUGGCUUUCCCCAAGAGUAGGCUUUUGCUAACAGCCAGAGGCAGGUCUUCUGGAAUUUUCGGGAGGCCCUACAGCCCCACUUCUGUCCUCCUGGCCCGUACAUUCUCUUCCAACCCCACCUGGCUGCUGGCUUCUGACUGCUGUGACAGUGGACCCUCCUCUUCCUGUGCCAUCACUGCACAUUCAGAGAGGAGGGGUGUGUGCUGCCUUGUCUUCUCUGUGGUGUCUUGGACGCUGUAAGUCUAACAAGAAUCAAGCCUUCGUUUAUGUUAAGAGCGAUUGACCCACUAUACCCACGAGUGCUCUCCUUGCUGGAAGACUUGCUCUCCUUGGCCUAACCAGCUCUCCUCUUGGUGGUUUCAGAGUCGGCACAGUGUGCGUUCCUGAGUCUAGGUGUGGUUUCCCUGCUCCAGGGUGACAGGAAAGAGUGGCCCUGUUGACUGACACCUGGGACCUCCCACCUGUGAGUCCUAGUAACUGCAACAGUGAGGAAAUCCCGUUGGGGUACAGGAUUCUGGAGGAGUUGGUAGGAAGCAACUGGCUGGAAAUAGCGGGAUGAAGCCUUGCUUUUGAAGAUACUCAGUUUCAAUACAGGAAGGGAGGCAGCUUGAAGCAGGGCAGGUGAGCAUAAGCCCUGCCUGAUCUUGUCUAUGGAGGCCCGUUUCCUCAUGGCUCCCCAAGAGCUUGCCCCCUUCUAAGGGUCCUGAAUCUUCUUAGAAUAGGGCAGAGCAAAGCCUAGUUUUCCCCGGCAGGGUGCAUAUGUGGUGUUCUGGAUUCAGCUCUGGCUCAAGUGUGUAGCUUUGUUGUUGCCUGGUCAGCCAGCAUCCAUUCCUGGGACACUCAGCUGAGGCUAGACUCAGGUCACCUGUGGAUAGGAAGAAAACUUUCAGCAAGGGAGAGCUGGAGGCUGCAUGCAAAGUCUCCAAGUCUCUGAGACUACACCUUAGGUGCCCUAGGGCGGUGGUGGGGCAGCUGUGAAGAUCGCACAUUCUCUCUGGACAGGGCUGGAGCUUGUGGGUGGUGGUAGGGGUAUCAUCUAGCACCUUCUACAGAGGAACUCUGACCCUUUCUGUCAGCCCACUGUGGCUAGAACCCAGACCCAGAGCCAGGGCCAGACUGACUUCAGCACUCCACUGCAGCCUUCAGGGUUGGAGAGCAGGUAGCUUCAUCGUCCUCCGCUGGACAUGUCUGGUUCCUGAGGCUUGGUAUUUUGUUGUAACAGUGGUGGGGGAGAAUGCUGGCUCCCAGAGAGCUGAGGGCAGCAGGAGAGGCUUUUGAUUUCUCCCGUGGCCCUGAAGACCAUCCUAAGAUUGCAUUUAUAAGAAAGAUUCAGGCUGUUGGGGGGGGGGGUCUGAGAAGGGGCAGAUUCCUCGGAGCCAGAACCUGGGUAGACAUGUGAGUACUCUUUCUUUGUGGCUCCUGCCUCCUGCCCGUCCCCAUGUGUUCCUAUCCUUGGGACAAAUGGCUUUUCUCAUGGGGCUCUUUUGCACUAGGACUUUCUCACCUUGUCUGUCUGUCUUGCAGUCAGCCCAGCCAGGAGCACCCAGAGCAAGUGAGUAUAUGGUGACUUUGGCUAAGGGCUGUGGCACUGUCCCUGACCUUCCAGGCCACUGAGGAGGGUAGAGAACCUCUCACACAGCCUGGAGUUCCUCAGAGUGGCUUCUAGGCACCCAGAACUAGCGCCUCUCUGGCUGAUCAGAUUAGGGACAGAAGAGUGGCUCUCAAAGAUGCCCACAUGACAGCCCCAGGUCCUGUGUGUCCUUUGCCACAGUGGAGGACCUUGACAAGGGGACUUAGGGUAGGUAGGCCUGAAGGAUUGAGAAAGGAUUGAGAAGGAUUGAGAAAGUCUACACCAACGGGUUUAGUGCGGGCACAGGGCCCCUCAGAAGUGGAAAGAUGGCCAGGCUGGGAAAGGUGAUGUAUGCCCAGGACUGAGUCUCUGUUGCUGACCUGAAGAUGAGGACAUGAAACACACUGAAGAGACUUGGGAGGACAGCACAGCUUCAGCCAGCAAAGAAGCCAGGAUGUCACACAUGCCCACAACCACAAGGAGCUGAAACUGGCCAAAGCCUGAGUAUACAGCAGGUAGACCAUCAGAGCCAUGAGGGAGGAGGCCAGCCAGUGACCCCUGGAUCUGACCUAUAUGACGCUGAGCAGAGCCAGCCUAGGUCGAUAACACUGCAAUCACGCAUGCGUGUGUCAAACCGAGGCCACAUGGGUGCAUGGGCAGAGCCACCCAAGGUGUGGUCAGAGUGAGAGAAAGCAACCUUUAGGAUGACACUGCCUUCUCUGGGCACAGGACUGUUCUGAAGCAGACCACACAGGAGCCUUGGCUGGGUCUCUUCUUCAGGGGCGACAUCUCCAUCAUCAGCAAUUCCAAACCCGCCUACUUCCUGUGAGGUCAGGAACCACACGUGCAGCCAUAAUGUUCCUUGGGGUUUGGUGAUAAACAACCUUCUUUUUACUUGUGAUAAAAAUGUAUUAUAUUGCCUUAUUUAUUUUUAAUCUUGUACAAUAUUCAUGUACAAAUGUUAGAGCCAUUUAGGUAGGAUUCUCUCCAAAUUAUUUAUUUUAAGAUGCUCUGUAAAUAGUGCGCCAGUCACAGGUGCUUGAUCACUUGUACCAAAAAUGAGGAAAAGCCUGGUACCCACUUCAGCCCCUGCUUGUAAUGCUGUGGCCCUUGGGAAAUGACCCUGUUGUGUUCCCUUCCCGCCCCUAGCAUGCCUCCCGUGCCUGACACCAUAGAAUAGAACAUAGCCCCAGAAUGCUUCCAAAUGCUUCCAUGGGCUGUGCCAUCCUGGGACAGUCCACUCCUGGGGUGUCCAUACCUACAGGUGUAUGUCCCCACACACGCAGCAAUCCAGUUGUUUCUCAGACUCCAAAGCCACCAGGGCUUCCGGACCCCUUCUGUCAUAGAAGCAAUAACCAUAACCUAAUACUGUAGAGACAAGUCUGGCCCAAGCAGAUUGCUAUUCCAGAAACUACCUGUGCAUGUGAGAUUGCUAUAAAGGACUGACAUCCAAGUCCCCCAUCCCUCCCAGAAGGCCUAGCUCUAGCUUCUUGGUUCCUACAGCCAGGAUUGGUACACACACAUACCCACCCUCCAAGAUAUAGCUGAGCAGACUGAGCCAGCCACCAGUCCUGGGCCCCACUAUUGUCACUAAGGAAUAAAGGUGAGGGCAGCCUUCCGAUCUUUAUAUCUACACCUAUCCUUGAAUCGUGAUGUUUUAUGUGACUGAGGGUCGUGAUGGUUUGUUUCAGUGUUGCAACAUUGAAAGGUACUUGUGGCAUAUCCAGGUGGCACACCACCUUCCUCAGUGCCAUUCUGGUGGGAGAAGGGCACCCCCGAGGGUAUAACAGGAAAGAGCUAGAAAGGGCUGACAGAGGAUUCAGGCUGUGGGCUUGACUGGCAGAUAUGAGCGGCUUUCCAAGAGCUCACAUUGUAUUUACACGUGAGCUGAAGGACUCUUGUACCACUGUCCUAACAGCAGCCCGCUGAGACUGUGCAAAUGACUUGCUUUAACGGGAUGAAUAAGAGGGAAACAGUGUGGACUGUGGAUCUGGGGAAGGUUUCACUCAAGUCUCCCAGCCACCCUCAGCAGGUACGUUCUAGGACUCUCCAAGUCCCAGGGACCUUUCACAGCCCGUGCAGAACUUCUGUCAGUGGACGUUUGGAGGCGUGGUUGUUAUAGAGCAAGUGUGUACCCUUCACGUAAUAGUGGCAGGGAAAGAACACUGCUACAUACACUGCACACCCGUCAGCACCAUGCUGCAGAAGGGAUGCUGAUAUUUUACAUUCUUACAUGGCUGUACAUAUGUAGCCACCAGGAACUGACUUGCUCAUGCUUUUUAAUGGCUUCAACUUGCAAAGGGUGUGCUUGGCUUGAUAAAAUUAAUAAAGAGCAAGGAGGGCAGAUUGGAUAUUAUGUGGGCCUUUGAAGCAUCUUGCUUCUCUAGCUGUGACUGGCUUUGAAUGUUUCUAUAGCAGGCUUGAACCAAUAGCUCAUUUCUAUUUACAACUAUAGGCUUGGCAGUAGGUUGAUGGUUAAAAGUGUGUAUGCAUAUGCACUUGCACACAAACACAUGUGUACGCACACACACAAUUUUCAUGGGGAAUAUGAGAGUUGAUUUGUAUUCCUGACCCCUUAGGCUGGGGGUUAGAGGAGCUGCUUGGAGAUGUCCUUGAACUCAGAGUUUAGAAGGCAAAAUUGAGCCGCCCUCAGCUGGCCUAGGGAAAGAACCUCUCAGGCGAAAGAGGUCUCAAUCCAGGAACUGAGGCACCUAGAUAACUAUCUUAUACAUAAAUCAUUCCAAGCUCUUUGACACCAGAGAGAAAAUGUGUUGAUAUGUUCACAGCAGACACGAUGAAUGUGGUAGAAAUGAAUACUGUUUGAUUCAAAGCAACUCCUGUACCUAUAUAGUCAACCAGUGCCACAUGGACCAAGACCAGUGUGGAUCCAGAGGAACAGACCUAGAGCCAGGAGCCUUCCUAGGGGAAGGCAGGAGGUGUGUGGCCUGGCCAGAGGAUUCACUCCUAAAGAGAAGGGUGGGCACAGCACAGAAGGGCAUAUUCAGGAAGGCUCCUGCUGGUCACUGGUAGGAGAAUUCUGGAGAGUGUCAUCUCACAUAUAGAGUUGGAUGACCUGGGGUGGCCUGGUCCUGAUGCUGGCUGAUGACUGCUGCACGAGGGGUUCUUCCUGGCUAGAGGCCAUCUGUGAUGCUCUGUGGGCUGGAGGCAAGGAGGAUGUGAUAGGUUCUAGUGGCUGUUACACAAGGUCUGGUACACCAUGAACACAACUUCACACAGACACACUGAGUCAUGCAAGGCAGGUGUCGACACCCUGCAGAGUCUGCCUCACCUCCAAGAAUUCAGAGGACACUUUUGAAUGGAUAUGGGAUCCCUGGCCUGGCCUUGUGUAUGCCUUGUGAGCACGGGUCCAAUAAUAGAUGAGAUCUGUCACUCUGUGGUUCAUUCCAUAAAUGCUUCAGAUCCAACUUCAAGUGCCACAUUCUGUCACUAAACAAUUAUCCAAUCAACACAUCAUUAUCUAAUGACUAAGACAUUUGGAUUUUUAAGGUUUCUAACCAUUUUAAUCCAUUCUGUUCCACACAUACCAGAUCUGUUCAGUAGCUUAUAAAACAAAAAUUAUUCCACUAGAGGCUGUGCUUAAUUCAAAUCAAUGUGUGUUCCUGUGCAUGUGUGUGUGCAUGUGGGUAGACAUGUGCAUGCAUGUCUAAUAAGACAUAAAAUUAUUCUUCCUGGGGUUAAGAUUACUCACUGAAGAAAAAUAAAUUUGAAUAUAGUGAGCUGUCACUUGGGACACUUGAUAUCCUAUAAGCUGAGGCAGCAUACACCAUCCCCCUCCCUCAGUCCAGGGAGGGAGGGGGAUGGGCACAUCCCCGAGCCACUCAGCCUACUGCUAAGUCUCUUUUGCAAAAAGACCGCUAUAAUCGCAUCAUUCUGGUCCGGGUGCAUAAAGAGACCCUGUUGCUCCUGUUUCUCUUGUCUUGUUGGACUGAGAGUUUGGGUGGAUGUUGACUAUUGUGCAGAGUAGGUGGUAACUCCACAUGCCGGGUGGGUGUCCAUCCAAACUCUGAGGAGGGAACAAAACGACAUCAACCUCAGGUACAUGAGCCCUUCCCUGCCCUCCAUGUUUUAGGAGCUGACAUGGAGGCCACACCUUUCACCUGGUGUGUCAGCUGUUGCCUGUCUGGGUUAUCCAAUGCGAAGAACAAAGCUCGGAAGGCUAUCUUGGGUUGUGUUUCCUAAGUAACUGGAAAAAGAAAGUCUUAAAAUUCAGAAAAUUAACCACCAUCAUGCCACAUCCCUCGGUCCUGCCAAGUGCUGGUCAUUUAAAAAUCUAAUGAAUGUACUGAGUUUUCUUCAGCAUGUUGCUAGGCCUGCUCAGUCCACAUUCAAACAAGGGAGGUCAAUCAUUACUGCCCCAUUAGCAAACACCUUUAGGGGCCUUUGGUAUGGGGGUAAAUUGAUCAAACAUUCAUUACUAGUACUUCCAUUUAGUUUUGCAAUUCCAGGGCCCCUUCUGUGGGCUCCUUGUUCAUGGGAAGGAAGUGGUCUGCUAAUACUCAACACACAUUGUCCUGAGAAUGUGAGGCAGAGAGGGAGGGACCAGGCCUCAACUGUUCAUCUGAUCAGGCCAAGCUGCGUGUUUUCUGUUGCAGUUAAGGUCUCGGCUAAGCCAAGUGAAAUCUGUAAGAACUAGGCUGCUGUUGCUGCUAUCUUCUAUACAACAGUGCUUACCCAGUGUGGUGCAGGGCACUUCAUGGACGUGGGUCUCUUGUGGGCAAGAGUUGCUCAAACUCCACAUUUGGAGCAUGUGGCUAAGUGCUGUUUGGUUCUGUAUUUCUUGGCUUCUUGUUGCUAAAUUAGAGCCUUUUGAUUCCUUUCUGAUCAGCUGCAUUCCUCCAAAGUUAGAGACACCACACCGAGCAAGAAAUUAGAACCCCGGCUUCAGCCUUAUAGUGCCCUUGAUAGUCUCAAACGUUUUGAAACACAAACUGACAUUGUGUCUAGUGGCAUCUUCUUAAAUCAAUUUUUUCUGAAAGGCCUGACAUCAAAUAGGGACAGAGCUAUGGCAUUCCUGUAGAGCCCAAGCCACACUGCCCAGCCAGCCUGGCUCCAGUUAAAGAUCUUACAUUCAAUGCUCUCAUGCUUCCAGCAGGCAGGCACAGCAGUGAGGGUGCCUUCCCAAGGACUUCCCUGGGGGGUUAGAGUUCUCCAGGAGUGCAUAGAAAGCAAGGAAGGGGCAAUGGUGCAUGGCAGAAAGCAUGGCUGCCUCUCCCAUGUUACAGGAGCCCCAAACGCUUUCCAGGCACUGGUUCCUGCCAAUGCCAGACUACAUUCACUUCAGAUGCAUUGGUUUCCAAACAUUUCCAGCCAUUUGCUGAGAAUUAGCAUUUCAACGGACAUGCUAUCUGAGACUGACUCCAGAAAUCUCUUAGACUUCAUAAACUUGUAGGAUUGCCUGCAAGAACAUUUGCAGGCCACUAGAUCUGCCUGGGGUGGUCCCCCCUGCUCCAUAGCACAGCAUUGGGAAGUGGGCCUGACAGCAGCCAGAAACUUGUUUCUCACCUCCCACCAGCAACCUCCACUCAGCCCCAGACCCCAGGCACAUGAAGCACAAGUCUCAGGGGACUGUUCCCAUGCUGUGGGGAGCCCAAGGAAGCCCCCAGCAUCUCUUGCAUACACCACUGGCAGUGUGGGCACAACUGGCCACCAGGAGCACACAUGCCUGGGGAAGAGGGGCCUGCUCUGUUGCCUUCAUCCCUGUUAAAAUUGAGUAUAUGCAAGCCAUUUGCACUACGGAAUUGCAUGCCUUGAAAUUCCUAACUGUGUGCACCUUAGUUUGAAUUUGACGUUAUGUAGCAUGCACAAAAGAAUGGAUGGGCUUGGGCUUGUUCCCAAGUCACCUCUACCGCUCAUUGGGAGCACAGUGCUGCCCUCAGCCAAUCCCAGGUUCCGUGGAGCCCGUGUGGCUCCAGCACUUACUGUGCAGUGGCUCCCUUUCCCACCGUGCUCUCUUUCCCACCGUGCCCACUUAAGCUGAUUGCUCACCAAUUUGCACAAACGGAAUUGUUAUGAUCGCGUCUUAGCAGUAUCUUGAUUUAAAGUAAGCCCAAAGCCCACUUCUGGAGUUCCUUACUUAAAAGAAAAAAAAAAAAAAGGCAUGUGUAAGCACCUGUGUCCUGUGUUUAUCAAGAAAGCUUUGAGUCCCUUAGUGGGAUAGAGGGUGCAUGGACAAAGGGGGCAUUUUAUCCCACACGAUACACUUACCAGAUGCGUCCGUAGCUAUGAGAACUCGAUGAUUAUAUUCACAAUAACUCAAUAUCACUGGGUAACCUCUCACAAUAGAUUUGUAUAAUCAAUACGGGUCUAUUUUUAUGUCAACUCUGUAGAGCACCUUCCAGUCUUUUUCAAGAUUGUUAAAUCGAGAUGAGUAAUUGAAUAAUUUGUCCUAUUUUUAUUUAAAAAGUGAAUGAACUGAAAUGUUAAUGUGAAUGUACAUUUCUUAACUGCAACUUUUCUACUGAGUGUUUGCACUAUACUCUCUGGGGUCUUAUUUAACAAAAAUAAAGGAGAAAAAUUGCUUGACUAAA